GGACAGCGUAGUGGAAAGGCUCUCAAGUAAUUGCCCUCAUUCCAUGCCGUCGUGAUGUGGCCGAAGCUCGGAUUAGUGUACGAAAGUUUACCUCAAUCGGAACUUGGCAGUUAUAGAAGGGAGGUGGGUGUCCAGUCAAUACUCUCCCAGUUGAAGUUCAGGGUACAUCAACACUUGACCAUCAUUCUCCUGUGUACCAAUACCGUUACGUUCCUGGCGCUUUUGUACAGCUUAUGGGGUUCUACCACAUAUAAAACUACUGCUCAAGAAUGUCUCAGGCAUUACUCUACUCCUUCCCCGGCAUUAACAUCAGUGGAAUACAAAAAACCUCAACUAUAUGAUGCAGCAUUCAGACAAACGAAUAAAUGGCGAGCGGAGCCGGGCGUGCACUCAGAUGAGGUUGAUGUCGCCUGGCACUACAUUGAACUUGGUGCCGGGGGUAUCCGAAUUACUGAAGAAGAAAUGCUUGCCUUGAAUAAGACAGAGUCACCAGAUCAACCGUGGCACAAGGUUCCCGAAGAAUAUGGUGGGGGAUAUCUGGCCAUGUUGGAGGUCUUUCAUCUAAUGCAUUGUUUAAACACUCUAAGAAUGGGAUUGUUCUAUAAUUAUAAGUACUAUAAGCAGUUCGACGAAGGAGUUCAUGAUGAGAAUCUUUACACCCACUUUGAUCAUUGCAUAGACAUGCUACGCAUUAGCCUCAUGUGCACUGCAGAUGUGACGCCGGCACUAUUUUACGAUCCAGUUGAUAAACCACAACGUCGAGAUGCAUUACCCGACUGGUCAUCACAACACACCUGCCGUGACUUUGACGCCAUAUUGAAGUGGAACAAAGAAGGACCACGAGCUGUUCGUUGGCGCGACGCAGGCCCAAACCCUUCUUGGGACUCGUCAUUAGAAGGGGCUGAUCCGCCUUUCCCUGCCGAGUCAGGGGAUGAUGGUCACCACCACCAUGGCUAG